AUGAGUCUGAGAUGUCUCAAUUCAGAAAUGACAAUGGAGGACAGAAGCAGCCACAGUGGAAGCAGAGAAAGGUUGGGACUGACCUUCACUAUCGACUACCUUCUGUUCAAUAAAGGAGUCACAGGUUCGAAGGAAGAAGCGGCAGGAAGUCGUGCGGCAGCGCGAGCAGAGAGCAACAUGCUAAAUCAUCACAAUCGUGAGCUCGAAGAGGUGGGGAUUCACUGCGACACACAGGAGAAGCACCUACCGAGUUCAGACGCAGACGCUGAAACAAAGAAAGUUGAAAAAGAGGAGGGGGAUCAAGAACAACAAGAGGAGGGGGAGGAGGAAGUGACCACCACUACCACCUGCACCACCACGUCGAUAAGCGCCGGUCCUGAGAGGUCUGCCGACAAACCUAACCAGUCGUAUAUUGCGCUGAUCUCCAAAGCAAUCCUGGCGUCUGAACAGAAGAAGCUACUACUUUGUGACAUCUACCAAUGGAUCAUGGACCACUACCCUUACUUCAAGAGUAAAGACAAAAACUGGAGGAACAGUGUGCGUCACAAUUUGUCCCUCAAUGACUGCUUUAUUAAGGCGGGGCGCAGCGACAACGGUAAAGGCCACUUCUGGGCCAUCCAUCCUUCAAACUAUCAGGACUUUUCCAACGGGGACUACCACUGCCGGAGGGCACGACGGAGGGUACGCAGGGUGGCAGGGCAGCUGCACUUAAACCCCCUGACCUCAGUCUACCACCCUGCUCUCACCCGCCCUCACAGAACGACCUGUUGGUGCUGUCCUCAGGUGUCUGCAAUGCCUGUGCCCUGCUUGGUACCCAGAGUCUACUGGCCUUGGUCAAGUGUACGGUCACAAGCAGGCCUCCACCUGGGUCUGAAUGCCUCUGUGCAGUGA